AUGGCUGCUAAUGGUUUCAAAUCAUUUGCGCCUGUUUUACCAGGAUUAGGACUACACAGUUUUCAUAACGAUUCACCUCCAUUCGCAGGUGCUGCAACUUCAGAACAAGGUGAACCAGAAUACCUAAGUCUUGAAUCCAGUCAAAUUUUAUCAUCACCUUCACCGCACGAUGACUCACAACUAGCUCCCGAACGUAAUAAUUACAUGAAUCAUAAUGGUAAUAAUCAUUCUCAAUCUUCGUCAACUCAUCAUUCAAAUUCAAACUCAAACUCAUCAAAUGCAUCAGGAUCUCGACCUAAAAAUAUCAAUAUAAAUGGACCCAUCCCACAGAGGUCGCCGAACGAUCAUUCGGAUGAAGACUUGUCAUCGUCUCGUUCAAGAAGAUUAUUAUCAGGUUAUCUGUUCGGUAAUCCACCUUCAUCAUCUGAAGCACAAGAUAACUCACCUCGAGGUAGUCAUGGUAAUGGAAAUGGUCACAGUGAUGCACAGGGACAACAAGGUAGAAUACUUAUAAGAAGACCAAGUAGUGAUUCUGAAGAAGGAAGAUAUCCAUUACCUACUCCACCAAUAUUCGAAAGGGAUUCACCACCUUUAUCAGAAGCUUUUAAAUCCUAUUCUUCUCCUUCGGCACAACAUCAGUCUUCAAUUCUCUCGCCAACACCUCCUGAACCUGAACACCUCAAUGGUAUAUCCCAAAUAUCAUUGAAUGAUGAUCCCGCUGAGACAGAUACAAUCAAUGCCAAUUCUGGUACAGUAGCAGUGACCAAUGCUACACGAAUCAAAAAACCUGAUCCCGAAGAUUCAGAUAGUCGUGAUGGCGCUGAAUCACCAACGGAAGAACAAAUUCACUCUCAUGAAGAAAGUGGUUAUGAUGCUCUAAACGGAUUAAAUGAUGGAGAAGCGGAUUUAGAUACUAGUGCUCCUCAAGCUACCGAUGGUGGUUCGGGAGCGUAUUUGAGAGGUGAAGUGGAUUAUAGUUUCCCCAGACAUAGAUUAAGGAAAACCAUGAAAGACGAGAGUAAAAUCCCUUUAGUCAUUGUCGCAUGUGGUUCCUUCUCUCCUCCAACUUAUCUCCAUUUACGUAUGUUCGAAAUGGCGAAAGACGAGAUUAUAGAAUCACAAACAUACGAAAUCAUGGCUGGAUAUUAUUCACCAGUAUCAUCUUAUUACAAGAAAUCAGGAUUGGCACCUGCGAAUCACAGAGUACGGAUGUGUGAAUUAGCAGUUGAACAUACAUCGACAUGGUUAAUGGUAGAUCCAUGGGAAGCUGGACAAUCAGAAUAUCAAAGGACUGCUAUUGUUCUAGAUCACUUCGACGAAAUGCUGAACGGAGGCAAAAACGGUGAAGGUGGAGUCGUCAUGGGCGACGGGAAGAAAAGAAGAUAUAAAAUCAUGUUAUUGGCUGGGGGUGAUUUGAUCGAAAGUUUCGGUGAACCUGGUGUUUGGAGUGAACCUGAUCUACAUGUCAUCCUCGGUCGAUUCGGUUGUUUGAUAGUCGAAAGAGCAGGAUCAGACGUAUGGGCGUUCUUGCUCUCUCACGAUAUUCUAUAUCAUCAUAGACGAAACGUGAUUGUGAUCAAGCAAUUGAUAUAUAAUGAUAUUUCAUCCACCAAAGUCAGAUUAUUCGUAAGGAGAGGAAUGAGUAUCAAAUAUCUACUUCCAAACAGUGUCAUCCAGUAUAUAUACGAUAACAAGCUUUAUCGAUACACAGAUGUCAAAGCCACGAUUGGAUGA